CUUCAACUAGUUAGAGUCGAUCUUUCAACUUGUUAGACUCAAUUAUCCAUUCUAUUAUCAAUAUUUUUCAUUCUUAAAGUGUUUUUCUCUACGUUUUAUUGUAAAAAGUAAAAUUUACUUGUAUUUUUUUUUAACAACAUGUAAGAGUGGCUCGACCCGCCCCGCCUCAUACCCGCGGAAAUUUUACCCGCCCCGACCCGUAGUAGCCUUGGGCGGGGCAUGGGAAUUGAGGUACCCGCCCCGCCCCGCCCCGUUGCCAUCACUAGCCCCAGCCCCCAUUGCCAUCUCUAUCGUGGACUGGUUAAUUGAGCUUACCGGUCCGUGUAAGUUGGGGAUUUUUCCAGAAAUAGCACUGUUUAAAAAAAAAAAUCCAAAAAUAGCACCUAAGUCCGAAAAAUUCCAAAAAUAGAACCCUUUCCCAAAAACCGCUCCCUACCAGUGCAGUUUAGGCGAAAACCGCCACCCAGGGGCGCGUUUUUCGAUGAAAACCGCACCCCUAGGGGGCGGUUUUGCAGAUCGCACCCCCACCAUGCGGUUUGGUUGCAGACCGCACCCCCACCAUGCGGUUUGGUUGCAGAUCGCACCCCCACCAUGCGAUCUGCUUUUUUUUUUUUUUUAAAUCCUAACCUAGGUGGAAACUUCAAACGGACGUAUCUUUGUGUUCGGGUAUCCGAUCAUCGCGAAUUUUUUUUGAUACCGCAUAACUUUUUGAGAUCUUGCAAGCCGAAGACUGCCGAAUGUGGUUUGGUCCCGCCUUCGUCUCAAAAAAUGUCGUUUGCUACCCCGAACGAGCUUAUUUCCGAUUUCGUCAACCUUUGGACAACCAUAACUUUGGGCUCCAAAAUCCAAACGACAUGAAUUUUUUUUUAUUUCGCAUAACUUUUUAAGGACUACAAUUUUUACUAGAAUGAAUUUUCAAAACAGGAAUUAUUUUGGAUAUACAGGAUUUUGGGAAUAGCUUACCUUACCUUCUCAGCAAUCAACGUACAUUUUGAAAUUAUGUCUAUGAUAAAAGUUGUAUUCCUUAAAAAUUUAUGCGAAAUAAAAAAAAUUCAUGUCGUUUGGUUUUUGGAGCACAAAGUUAUGGUUGUCCAAAGUUUGACGAAAUCGGAAAUAAGCUCGUGCGGGGUAGCAAACGACAUUUUUUGGGACGAAGGCGAGAUCAAACCACUUUCGGCAGUCUUCGGCUUGCAAGAUCUCAAAAAGUUAUGCAGAAUCAAAAAAAAAAUCGCGACGAUCUGAUACUCGAACACAAAGAUAUGUUCGUUUGAAGUUUCCACCUAGGUUAGGAUUUUCAAAAAAAAAAAAAAAAGCAGAUCGCAUGGUGGGGGUGCGAUCUGCAACCAAACCGCAUGGUGGGGGUGCGGUCUGCAACCAAACCGCAUGGUGGGGGUGCGAUCUGCAAAACCGCUCCCUAGGGGUGCGGUUUUCGCCUAAACCGCACUGGAAGGGAGCGGUUUUUGGGAAAUGGUGCUAUUUUUGGAAUUUUUCGGACUUAAGUGCUAUUUUUGAAUUUUUUUUUUAAACAGUGCUACUUCUGGAAAAAUGCCUGUAAGUUGGGCUUUUGUCUUGGACGAUCAUUUCCAGUUUCUAUCCGAUGAGAACUUUCAAGUUUCAAGGCAAAUCCGUUCCUUUGCUUCCUCAAUUCUUCCUCCCUGCUCAACCUUACCUCACUGGGUUGCCGGCGGCUGAAUCACUUCACCGGCGGGCCAUAUAGGAGAGCGUUGAGCCCGUCUUGUAAUCUGUCUUCUUUUGGUAAGCAAUCGCAGCUCUGUGUUUCCACCAACUUGCAGUUCCUUUCAUGAAGUUUGUUAAUCGAAAUUCUAGGGCUCGAUUGGGUACUUCGCUAAGGAUUCAGGAAAUGCCAAACUGAGCCAUGGUUUCAGUGUAUGUGGUUGGGGGUAGAGUUGUAGCAUGGUUAGACAUUUUUACUUCCACGUUAGGGAACUUCUGCCUGGAAUGGUUUCGACUGAGUUCGGCCUUUUAGUGUAGUUUCCACGGUAGGUUACUAGGCCUUUUAGCUGAAUUUCUUAAUAUUUGGUAAAACAUUAUGAUCCGGUCGCGGCUGCUGCGUCAAUUGCAUAUUGUGAUCAAAAGAGGCUGUUUGGCUAGCUGUAUACUACAGUGGCUGGUCCAGUGGGCAGCGAGUAUGAUCUAGCCUUUAGCUUUCGGAUCAUUGUUCUAAAAUGAUAGACUUAGUGUUGAAAUCUGAAAGGAAGUUGUUGGCUUUUCUGGCACUAUCUGAUCACUAAAGCUCCCGACUUUGUGACUAUUUUUUGCAGUUUUUGAAGCUCUUGAUUCUGGGGUUUCUCCUCAACUUGCCCCCCAUAAAUAGCAAUAUGGACCCUAAUGGGUUCAGUGAGGAGAAAGCAGAAAGCAGACUUUACGUUGGUAACCUUGACCUGAGAAUAACAGAGGCCACUCUGAUUAAGAUGUUUUCUCCAUAUGGAAAGAUCAUCUCUGAAGACUUCUUGUGGCAUACCCGUGGCCCCAGGCGUGGAGAUCCACGUGCCUUUGCAUUCGUCCAGUUCAGCUACAAAGAGGUAAGCUGUCGUGUUGUCUUUUGCUUCUACUGGUUUCUAUGCAAAUUUAGUGAGUAUGCAGGAAGCUAAAUUAGCCAAGGAAAAGAUGCACGGGAGAUUAGCUUGUGGCCGGCCAUUGGUGGUGCGCAUUUUGAGCGAGAGAAACUUGGAGGAAGAGGCUGCACAGAGCUCUUCAAGAACAGCAGCGGGUGCACCAAAAAAACUGGGUCUUAUUUUGCACGGGGCAAACGAAUAAGAGCGCUAAGAUAGCUGCGAUAAAGAACAAACUGAGAGCCUUGGAAGAAGAGACGACUAGCGUUAAGAAACAAAAGCUGGCCGAUGAUAGCAUCACAUCUAAGUGAGCCCCAAUGUUUUUGUAGCCCGAUGGUAGGCUACUCGGGUAUGAUAUGGAAACCCUGAUAGUCAUGCCAUACUAGAACAAUGUGGAGGAUAGAAUGGGAUGGUGCUUGUAUUAUAAAUGUUACCGUGGAUGAAAUUUGGAAUGAAUGAUGCUUGAACUAGUUAACAUGAAUCAAAGCUUCAAUCAAGGUCGCUGCAACGUGCUUUUAACACCAACUCCGGGGUACAAUAUAGAAAAUAUGCAUCAGCUGUUUUUGUUGUUAUGUGGCAAAGUGAAACGAGCUCUCCUUUUGGCGGCUUCGAACUGUGAACACAGAUAACUGUCCACUGUGCUCAUGACUGAAACGUCUCUUCCUUUCUCCUGCCUUGAAGUUUGACGUAAAUGGCGUCAAAGCUUCUGUGGUCCCAAAUUAGCCAGACGUUGGAGCCGAUUCCAGAGAUUCCACGCUCGGGUUGGCUUUGUAUGAACAGUUGCGAAACGACAGGAACAGUGGUGGCCUACCUACUGGUGCCGAUGAGAUCACUUGGCCAUGACAAUUGGAAAAUUGCAGCUGCUCUAAUGGGCAGGCAUAUUGGUGGAGGUAAUGGAUUGAUCAUAUGUAUUAUGUUUGAAUGAUUUGGUUAUCUUCUAAGCAUUAUACUUCUUAAAUCACAUCUGGGUUUGUGUUGCAGCUGUGAAUUAUGUAGCCACAUGGCAGACAGUGGUGAAUCCAGAACUUUUAUAUAGGGGUGUGGGUGUCCUCUCCUAAAGAUUAAGUUAAAAUAAUUAUUAACUAAGAAAAUAUCUGACUUGUACGUCCAAAGGAAAACAAAGCACAUGACGUGUUUCGUACUUUGAAAAAAUUAUAAAAUACAAUCGGUUUCCAAUAAUGCUCUAUAAAUCUAUCUCGAUAUAUCCUACUAAACUAGGGGAGUCCGUAAUUGGGUUUAAUCGUUAGCUUUUGAAAAUAAUUGGGAUAAAAAAUAACUUUUUACUAUUAUAUUUAAAUUUGAAAUACAAGAACAAAUGAGUUAUAGUCUAAUGAAAAAUAUGUUUACUAAUAGUAGCAUCGACCCAAGUUCAAAUCACAUAGGCAAACACUUAAAUGUUUAGCCAUACACAAACUACUAUUCGGGGAUUAUAAUCGUUUUUCCAAAUUUUGGGAGUGUCCCGCCACCACUUAAAUUUUUUUUUUUACCUAUAUGUAAACUACUAUCGGAGGUUGAAUAAUCGUGUUCCCAUAUUUUAGGGUGUCCCGGGAUACCCCUAGAGCCCCAUGGAUUCACCACUGAUUGCAGAUGCCUCGCUGUUUCAUCAUCAGUUCUUGCAGCCAGACCUGCUGCAGACAAUGUCAUCUAUGCUGUGUAUUUCACCAUACUAUUCGCUCUUGCAGCUCGAGUGCCUCCAGAAUCUGCAAACUCUUCUAAUGGUAACCAACACAAAUUCGCAAACUCAAAUCUUUUGUGUCGGUUUGAACAAUCUGUUCACCAUCGUUCCAAUGAGGAUAGACUUGUUGACAUCGGUGCAUUCAACUAGUGGAUAUCAGUAGGAAGCUUCUUCCCCUUCAUUUUGGGCAUGCUUAAGCAGCAGGCAGCUUGUUCCCUUGAUCAGAAAAGAAUAGUGAUUUAGAACCAAGGCAGUCCUAUCAAGUUGUCUAAAUUUUGGAGGGUUAAUUGCACGGUUGGUCACUGAAAUUACAAAAAACGUUCAAGUUUGUU